UAAAUAUGGUUGUUCUCUUCCUGACAGGUGGUCAAGAAAGAAGGGACAGGGACAGACUGUCCCAUGAUAGGGGAUAAAGUGACAGUUCACUACACCGGAUGGCUUCUGGACGGCACAAAGUUUGAUUCCAGCCGAGACAGAAAGGACAAAUUCUCCUUUGAUUUUGGAAAAGGUGAGGUUAUCAAAGCUUGGGACAUUGCUGUGGGAACUAUGAAGAUUGGAGAACUUUGUCAGAUUGUCUGCAAACCAGAAUAUGCCUAUGGCUCUGCUGGCAGCCCCCCUAAGAUACCUCCUAAUGCCACGUUGUUUUUCGAGAUAGAACUGUUCGAGUUCAAGGGAAAAGACCUAACCGAUGAUGAAGAUGGUGGAAUAAUUCGAAGGAUCCGAAAGAAAGGGGAAGGCUAUUCCAAACCCAAUGAGGGAGCCUUGGUAGAGAUUGAGAUUGAAGGCCGGCACGGGGAUAGAAUAUUUGACAAACGAGAGCUGCGGCUUGAAGUAGGAGAGGGAGAAAACUAUGACCUUCCUCCUGGCUUGGACAAAGCACUACAGAAAAUGGAGAAGUUGGAAGAGUCUGUGGUGUAUCUCAAGCCCAGCUAUGGCUUUGGAAGUGCUGGGAAACCAAAGUUUCGGAUCCCUCCAGAUGCAGAAUUGCAAUAUGAAAUCAAACUCAAAAGCUUUGAAAAGGCAAAAGAGCCCUGGGAGAUGAACACCCAAGAGAAGUUGGAACAAGGUUCCAUUGCAAAAGAAAAAGGCACUCAGUAUUUCAAAGAAGGGAAAUACAAACGAGCAACAUUGCAGUAUAAGAAAACUGUAUCCUGGCUGGAGCACGAAACCGGCCUGUCAGAUGUGGAGAAAGCAGAGUCCAGGAACCUGAGGCUUGCUGCCCACCUCAACUUGGCUAUGUGCCAUUUAAAGCUGAAAGAAUAUUCCCAGGUCUUGGAAAAUUGCAACAAGGCCCUUGAAUUGGACAGCAGCAAUGAGAAAGGCCUUUUCCGGCGAGGUGAGGCUCGACUGGCUGUCAACGACUUUGAGUUAGCCAGAGCAGAUUUCCAGAAGGUGCUCCAGCUCUACCCAAGUAACAAGGCAGCCAAAGCGCAGUUACUGAUCUGUCAGCAAAAGAUCCGCGAGCAGCACGAGAGAGAGAAAAAAAUGUACGCCAACAUGUUUCAGAGACUUGCGGACAAAGAAGCUAAGCUGGAAGCUGAUACAGGAUGCAAAGAAGAGGCAGAAAUGAAAGACGGAAAACAAAAUGGAGUUGAGGAGAAAACAGAAGUUGACAUAGAAGUUUGAGGCUGAAAGCUGACCUGUUAGUUUUCUAAAACUGAAGAAUUUCCGGUGAACUAGACCUUUAUUUUUCUAUCUGAUUCAAUAAGGGGCAACAGCUGGGGCUACAAUGCUGUUUAGUGUCUAUAUAGGAAAUGGUGGCAGAACAGAACCAAGUAAUGUUUGAUAUAUUAUUUAUUCAAUCAUGCAUCUUUACUCUGUUGUUGAUCUUGAAAGUUCUGUUAGAAUCCCUUCUUUCAGUUUUCUCAUCUCCCUGGCAUCUUUCUCAGGUUCCAGCUUGGUCUAAUCCCAAAUUUCGCAUUUUACUCCCCUUCUUUCCUUUUUCUUUCUAAAGAAAGUUUUAUCUGCACAUGCACACAGCUGUUGCAUGAGAGACCUAAAAACAGAGAGCUCCAUUCUACUGCAGCCUGGACCUCUCUCGCUUCCUCUGUCAGCGUCGAUGCUCUUCUGUCCUGGGCGGGUGGGGCCACCUUUCUUGCAAUGUCUCCUCUUCUACGCUCUGCAGAAGUUGAAGACACAAAAAUCCAAAGCUUGAGCAAUAAACCGCCAAAGCCGUCUUUAAGGUGUGGAGUUGAUAGUAACCUUGGGAUUACUUGGGAUACAGACAUUCCUCUCAAGUGUUUACUCAAAAUCAGCAACAUAGUUGUUCUGCCAUCUCUGCUGCUAGCAGCCAACCAACAGGAACUUUGGAAUAAAGGUGAAAUUAAAGUGCAAAUAGAACGGCGAUGUGCUAGGCAUCCCCUCAACAUCUGCCCAAACUUUAUUGCAAGUCACCAAAUGUUGCUGCAGUAAUAUUAACCAUAUAUGGAAGGAGGCAGCCCACAAGCCCACGAACAUCUGGCGGUCACAGAAAAUCCCAUUACACUCUCCCCAAUCUGAGCACUUGUGGCCUACCUGCCGCAGGUCAGAAAUUCAUGUCCUUCAGGGACUUCCGUACUCAUUCUACAUUUAGCACAGAAACACGUAACAAAGGAAAGGGCACUCCCAUUAGAACAUUUGCCCAGUUCCACAACUCCCCUGGAAGCGUGCACAGAGCCCACAGAACAGUUCAAGGCCCUGUCAAAGAGCCAGUCGUUUAGCCAGGUGGGUGACUGGCAGAUACUCCUAUCCCUCUUAUCGCUAGGGGCAGCAAUGUGGUUCAUCACACUGGCUGGUGGCAAUGAGUUGUUAGGCAGGUCAAUAGGAGGGAGGUGUCGAUAGGCUGAGGGCUGCGUGCAUAAGUGGUGAUGACUUCUGAAAGAAAAGCAACCCAAAUUGAAUCAUAUUUAAUAAUUGGUUUAUUAAAAUAAUUAAUGCAACACUGAUCUGUUUUGCCCAUUAUACAGAUUAAAACUGUAUAAUCUCUGCUUUGUGUAUGUGAUUACUGGGAUGAGAAGAUUGCUUUUGAAUCUGUUUUCUGUAAAUUCAUCUGAAAAAAUGGAGCUGUAUAUCUGGAUUCAAUCUCUGUAAGAUGCCAUUGCACCACACAAUUGCAGCAUUCCCAUAGAUUCAAGGGGACCUAUUUUUAAAUAGUGAAGCGGGAUUACUGUGAUUCUACUUGAUUAUGGCGUUGGUACUAGAAGAAAGGGAGAAUAAACUUGAUUGUGAAUUUCCCCGUAGUUGCUCCUACAGCACUCCAGUUGAAUCAAGCCAAAGGCCACGUAGUCGAGUUUUGUUUCCAAGCUUGGGUGUAUGAACUUACUGAACUUGAUUAUGAAGGAAAAUACAGAAGGUUUGCUUAAUAAUCAGAGAGAAAGGGGACAAUUCCGGCAGGGCAGCAGCGCUCUGGUACCGAUCAUAAGGCGAUACAGGACUAGGUCUUUGUCCAGGGUGCCACCUGCCACUGAUUUGUGCUUGGAGAACAGCUGGGUUUAUGGAGUCUAAUUUGCAAGCGGGCAUCGUUUAUAAUGCAUGGCAUUAGUAAUAUUGGCAUUACAUCACCAAUAAAUACUAAGAUUCCAGCCUCAGCUUCCCAUUUUAUUUCUUUGUGAAGCUGGGGGUUCUCUCUGGUAAUUUAAUAGCAACUUCAUUCCUGGUGUUUCAAGUAAAAGCUCUUCCUGAAGUAACAAACUCCGAAGUUAAGCCUGCUGCACGAUCCAUCCGAGAGCCCUCACCCCGAGGAUCCCACGUAUUGUGGAGCUGCCGAGUGUCACUGCUUCCCCCGUGGGCAGCGCGGUAGUGGGCUUUGCAAGGGAGGCUGGACGUGUCUGCGGCAGCCACUCUCGGGACGGGACCGUCUGGCCCAGCUUGACCCGCCAGACCGGCUCUGGGAACAGGCACGUUACGCUUCUCCGUCAGCCACGACCGCCGGGUGGCCCAAGGCUUUGGCGGGAGCCUCUUUCCAGGGCGCGAAGGGUCUACCCUAAAGCUCAUCAGGAUGUUCUCUCGUUGUUUUUUAUGAUUCCCUCUCCUUCGUUUGCAUUGUCAUUUUGUUUUUAACAGCUUACCAGUGUACAAGAAAUAUAUGUAAACCUGUAUGAAAACGGUAUAAAGGGCAUGAGGGUGUAGCAGAUCGAAGAAAGCGAUGCCUGUGGGACCCUUCUCCCGGUUCUGGAAUUUAAAUAAAAGUGUCGUUGCCUUUCA